AUGGCUGCUUUUCGCCAGCAUGUCAGGGCACUGAUACCGCCCUCUCUCGAGGAAGGCUGGGAUCUCCUGGUUGGCUUCCUUGAGGAGCUCCAUAAGCUCUCUGACGACACCACGGUUGCCACGGUUGAAGAAGGCAGUGGCAAUACCCGUGUUUCCAGCACGACCAGUACGACCAAUACGGUGCACGUAGUCAUCAAUGUCAGUGGGCAAGUCAUAGUUGACGACGUGGGUGACAUUGGGGAUAUCGAGACCACGGGCAGCAACGGCAGUGGCAACGAGGAUGGGGCAGCGUCCAUUUCGGAAGAAUUCCAGGGCACGCUCACGUUCACGCUGGGUACGAUCACCGUGAAUGGAGGUGGCAGGGAAGUUCUGGUUAAUGAGGAAAUCGGAGAGAGAGUCAGCCAUGCGCUUGGUCUCGACAAAGAUGAGGGUCAGGCCGCCAGCAUGGGUGUGGAGAAUAUCAAGGAGGACAGAGCGCUUGUCGACAUCUUCGACGUAUUCAAUACGCUGAGUAAUGUUCUCAGAGGUAGAACCGACACGACCGACGGAAAGGAAAACAUAGUCCUUAAGGAAGUCCCUGGCGAGCAUCUGAAUAUCGCGGGGGAAGGUGGCCGAGAACAUCAGAGUCUGGCGGUCGGCAACGCUGGGCAUAUCCUCACCCUCGACAAUGCGGCGGAUUUGAGGCUCGAAACCCAUGUCCAACAUACGAUCAGCCUCGUCGAGAACCAGGUACUUGAUGUUGCAAAGGGAAAUGCGACCACGCUCUAUGAGAUCGACCAAUCGUCCGGGUGUAGCAACAAGCAGAUCGCAGCCACGCUCAAUUUGACGGAGCUGAGAGCCAAUAUCAGCACCACCGUAGACGACGCAGGGUCGAACCCAGGAUCGGUAGGCGAAUUUUCGAGACUCAUCAUAAAUCUGAGAGACCAGUUCUCGGGUAGGGGCAAGGAUCAGAGAAGUAGGGUAGGCCUUGCGCUGACGUCCGAAACCACCACCGCCACCGGCAGAGGCAGGAACAGGUGA